AUGAUGUCGCGGUCGCCGUCGAACGUCCUGCCGCCGCGCGGCGCGCUGUCCAGGUCCUCGUCAAAUUCAGACGCGAAGACACCUGAGGCGACCCCCGUCGACAUUGACACGCUCAUGCUCACGAUCAACAACGCCGUGGCGAAAAUCGCGUCCAUCCGGGAAUCGUUCGAGGACGGCCGACCGCCUCGGCACUCCUCGGCAUCCUCGUCGCGCCGGGCGGGGAAAACGCGUCUGCAGGCCUCCUCUGCAACCUCGAGUACGUUUGACGACAGCAUUUUGCGCUUCUCGAGCGCUGGGUCGUACCAAGACAGUUUUCGGUCGUCAGGGCGAAGCCAGAGCGGUGGGUCCGAUUAUGGCGAUGGGAAGCCACCGUUGCCGAGCAGUCGGAGUCUCGCAUCAAGCUUCACUAGCAGCACCACGUCAAGUCCGUCUGUGAUAGACCGGCGCAGUUCCAAGACCCAUGCGCAUACUUUUCCCGACGACGAAGGUGGGGACGACGACGUUGUGGCGCCGGACCUGCCGCCUUCCCGCACGACGACUACCAAGGCAAAGCUCCCAUUUCCAUACCACAAGCUGCAAUCGACGACAUCCAUCGACUUGGACGACAACCUGACGCCGUUCAAGGAGCUCCGGCUCGCGCGGCUGCAGGACAUCAAGGUCACGUUCCACAACGGGUUGCCCCAGGAGUUCUACCAAGCGAUCUGCCGAUUCCUCCAAACGACGCUCGAGAUCAAGCGGAGAUUCUACAAGCUCAAGCAUCUCAAGGAAUGCUUCCUCGGAUGCGAUGCGUUCGACGCGCUGCUCGACAACGGCUUUGCCACGGACGAGAACGAAGCGCUUUUGAUUGGGAACGUGUUGCUCAAGCUAGAGCUGGUCGAGGACAUCACGGGGCCGAGUGCGCGCAUGAAGAACCGGAAUGAUGGGUUCUACCGGUUCACACUGGCGGGGACGUCCAUCGAGAAACCGGCGGCGGACGCAGAGCAUCCCCGAGGCAGCCUCAUGUCGCUCGACGGAAUCGACUUUGCCGACGCGUCCGACAACAUACACGCUCUUCUGUCGGAAGAGAGCCUCGCGAUCGUCACGCGCGUGCUUGCGCGCAUGUUUGACAAGAAGGGCAAGAUCAUGCCGUACAAGGGCUACGAAGGAUGCUUCCUCGGGUCGGAACUCGUGACAGCGCUCAAGGAGAUGAAGAUCGCCAUGUCCACCAUCGACGCCCUCGUCGUGGGCCAGAGUCUCUUUGAGGAACAGCUCAUCCUCGCCAUUGACCCUGACACCACCGACUUCCAAAGCAAGUACACCAUGUACCGGCUCGCGCACUUGUAG